AUGAUUAUACAGUCCCCCGAGCUUGUGUCCACAUUGUGUACGCCUGGCUCGACUGUCACCAGAGAUCCCAGGCCUGUUAGUCACACUUCAGCCCCUCUUGCCACUCUGGACGGGCUAAGGACCCCCGCCCCCCCACUCAAUAAAUUGUCCCAACUCAAGGCCACCCCAAUUGCACUCGGGUCAGCUGUUAUAAGCGAACAUAUUGCUACUCUAGGCGUCGGCGUAGAUGAUGUCCGCCCAUGGAUCGCGCGGGAUAUCCAGAACUUCAAGAAGUGCGAUGUUGACUGUAUGUUGCAGAACAUCCUUAGUGACUGCAAACUUGGUACCUCUGACUCGGCAUCCCUCGGUCAAUGCGAGGAGUCUGCCCUACUUCAAACUUGCCUCGAGGCCGUCUUACCCCUCUGCAACGAGACCCGCGCCGCCAAGGAUAUCAAGGACCUCCUAUCAGAAUAUAUUAAUUCACCUGGAGAAGUUCCUUCAUACGAGCCAUUUGUUGGAGCUGCCAAUUGUGCGCUCCUUCAACUGAGCGCUUUGAAUGUGCCUGGACUAGUGGGUUCCAAGGAUUCCGAAGACCACGAUAACAUACUGUUUCAUCACAACGACAAGCCCAUACGCCAAAUGCACCAGGGCGUCGAGUCCUCCCGCAAGCCUGACGUGGUCAUUGUCUCUUGGGACACCGCCCAGAAAGUGCAGCAAGAUGGAGAUUGCUAUUGUAAGAAAGAUAUGUACACUAAGCUGGCGUGCAACAAGCCCCAUGGGAACUUCCAAUGGAAGAACGUUCUAUCGACAGUAGAAUUCAAAUACACCAAACGUCGUCCAGGUCACGGUCCUCCUCCACCUUCGGCUUAA